AUGGACGCUACGGCCGCUGCUGAUGUGAAGAAGAGAUUCGGCUUUCGGCCGCGCUUGCAUAUCGAGACGUCAAAUGGACUCGUCAGCAUCCGUGUACCGAGCUGGAUCCCUUUACUACUCAUUCUGACCGUUCCCAUCGUCCAAAUUCAUUGCUUCUUUGCAUUUUCCACCAUCCUGGCGGUCGAGUACAGCACUGCCGCGCGCAUCUUGGUCGCCCUCGUCUUGUCGCGCGUGAUUGGAUACACCAUCGUCUAUGCUCGCAAAGGGACGUACGGUCACAUCAUUGCCGAGUCCUUGUCCUAUGAGGUAUCCUUGGUGCUGCAUAUCCUCGUCAUUGUCAUGGCCAUCGUGUCGAUUCGCAUUCUGGUCUUCGAAUGCGCGCUCCCUUUUGCUCGUGUCUCUUUCCUUCAUCUCGGCUUUGGCAGUGGCGGCAAUAACUGGAUAACCAAGAGUCGGCCUCGGGUGCUGUUGGACGGCACGCUGUACAUUCGCGUUUCCCUGCUGAUGGGAGCGCAAAGACUCUGCUUGCUGCGAAGCCUGAACUUCAUUACGAAUGGUUUCGAUGAGCAGCAAGGCAGGGCGUACCUCGGACUGCGUGUUCAACGGUGCAAAGGAUUCACUAGACAUCUGGCCAAGAAGAUCCAAGCCUCUGCUAGCAAUAAUCACGAAUGCGAAGCUUUCUUGGAAGGGUCGGAGGGUCAAGCGCUGAAUACUGCGGCUGCGACGGCGACCAAGACGAUCUCGCCGCUGUCAAAGGCGAAGAUUUCCACGCUGGCGGAUGACAUGCUUACUCGUCUUGCUGAUAGUCAGGAAUCCUUGCCGAAAGGCAUCGCAAGGCUGCGAGCAAGUAUGACACUCGAUUUUAGUUGUGGCAGACCGGGCCUGCACGCUGAGCUUGACCAAGCUGUUGAAGUGCAGCGUCCGCAGAAGCAGCAGCACGGUCAGGACAGCGGUGCCGCUCGACGGACCGCUGCCGUCUCGUGUGGACCCGACUGCUUUAGCGAUGCUGGGCACAAAUGCAUCAGUCGGAUGAGGACGUCAGGUGUAGACUUGGAUUUCAAGGAGGAAUACUUCGCUUGGUGA